CACAAAUAAGUAUAUAUCCAUCUAUGAAUCUUAUGGAUUAGUAACUUUUCAUUACUCUUAACCUUUUAUCUUUACUUUUAUCUUCUUACUUGUAUCUUUUUUAUCUUUUUUACUUUUAUCUUCUUUCCUUUACCUUACGUAUCUCUAAUCGUCAAUGUCUGCUGUUCGUCAUAAUUUACAGCCUUUACAACCUUUGAAUAAUGGUACGCUUAACGCCAGAUCCAAUAAUGUCACUCCGAUUAAACCAAUAAGACGUUCAAAAGAACAUCAACUAGAUGAACUCGAAGAACAACAACAACAUCAACAACAACAAAAGGCUAAAAAAAAGAAGGAAAAAUUAUCUGCUUUAUGUAAAACUCCUCCAUCAAUUGUUCGUACUAGAAAUGGUAGAGAUUAUCGUCGUGGUCUCUUUUUAGGGGAAGGUGGGUUCGCUCGUUGUUUUCAGAUGAAAGAUUCUUCUGGUAAAAUUUAUGCUGCUAAAACUGUUGCUAAAGCUUCAAUUAAAAAUGAAAAAACUAAAACUAAAUUAUUAUCAGAAAUUAAAAUUCAUAAAUCUUUAAAACAUUCGAAUAUUGUUAAUUUCAUUGAUUGUUUUGAAGAUGAUGUUAAUGUUUAUAUAUUAUUAGAAAUUUGUCCAAAUCAAUCAUUAAUGGAAUUAUUGAAAACCAGAAAAAGAGUUAGUGAACCAGAAGUUAGAUAUUUCAUGGUUCAAAUAGUUGGUGCCAUUAAAUAUUUACAUUCAAGAAGAGUUAUUCAUCGAGAUUUAAAAUUAGGUAAUAUUUUUUUCGAUCCAGAAAUGAAUUUAAAAAUUGGAGAUUUUGGAUUAGCUUCAGUUUUACCUUCAACUGAUUCAAGAAAAUAUACUAUUUGUGGUACUCCAAAUUAUAUUGCUCCAGAAGUUUUAGGUGGUAAACAAACUGGUCAUAGUUUUGAAGUUGAUAUUUGGGCAAUUGGGAUUAUGAUGUAUGCAUUAUUAUGCGGUAAACCUCCAUUUCAAGCAAAAGAUGUUCAAGUUAUUUAUGAAAGAAUUAAAAAAACUGAUUAUAAUUUCCCAAUUGAUAAACCAAUUUCAAAUGAAGCCAAACAUUUAAUUAAAAAAUUAUUAACUUUAAAUCCUUUAGAAAGGCCAACAAUUAAUGAAAUUUUAGAAUUUGAUUGGUUUAAAGGACCUUUCCCUGAUAAAACUAAUAUAAUAAGUUUAACAAAUACUCCAGAAAAUUUAUCAUCAAUUUCAAAAGCUCAAUCAUCAAUUAAUUUUAAUAAUACUAAAAUUAAUGCCGGAAUUUAUACUCCAAAAAUUAAAAAUCCAGUAGAAAUUUUAAGAUCUGAUUUACAUUCUGAACAACCAAAAACUUUAUUACCUCAAUCAUUAUCUCCUGGUGAUACUAGAAAUAAAUAUCAAGAAAUUGAUCCAACAACAAUGAAUAAUGGUAAAAAAAGAGUUAAUUUUAAUAAUAAAUAUUCUAAUUUAAUUAAAAAUUUAGAUCAAGUUUGUUAUGAAACGUAUCAUAAUAUUAGAAGAUUAGAUUAUUCAAAAUUUGAUAGAUUAGAAACAAUUGAAUUACCAAGUUGUGAAAAUCCAACAUUAAUUAGUAAAUGGGUUGAUUAUUCAAAUAAAUAUGGAUUUCUGUAUCAAUUAAAUAAUGAUGAUAUUGGAGUUUUAUUUAAUGAUGAUAAUUCAAUUUUAAAAUUACAUAAUCAAGAUAAAUUUUUAGAAUUAAUUAUUAAUGAAAAUGAAGGAUGGACAUGCAUUGAAAAUUCAAUAAGUCAUCCACCAAGUCAAACAAAAAGACAAUUAGAAAUUGUUGAUUUUUUCGCUAAAUAUAUGAAUAGUAAUUUAUCAAAAGUUAGUGAAAAUGAAGAAAAAAGUGAAGAAAUUUUCUUAAGACGUUAUACAAGAACUUCAGAUUAUAUUAUGUUUGAAAUGACAAAUGGUAAUUUUCAAUUUAAUUUUAAAGAUCAUCAUAAAAUUUGUAUUUCAAAAUUAGGUUUGGCAAUUACUCAUAUUUCUCCAAAUCGUUUAACUGAAACUCAUCCUUUAAUUUUAAUUUUAAAACAAGGUAAUUUCCCUUCAUCUGAAGUUCCUGAUUGUUUAAAUAAAAUAUCAAUAAUUAAAGAUGCAAUUAAAAGAAAAGCCUUCCCAGAAGUUUAA